CGCUGGGGCUGGGGCGGUGGCGUAGGUCGGGAUCGCAGAGUCCUUUGGUCUUUCUUCCUUUUCCUCCUCCUCCUGCCGCCCCCGGGACCAUGGCCGCCGAGCCCGCCGCCGCACUGCCGGAUGACUUAAGCAGCCUUUUGCAGGAGUUUGAUGAGGUGAUUGAGGACUUUGACAGGGGCCCUGCAUGUCAGUAUGAACAGCAUCUGGAAGAGCUGAAGAGGAAAGUGGGCCACAGUGUAUAUGACAGUGGCAUUGAUGAGCUAGAGAGUACCAGCUCAUCCCCAGGAAGCAGUCUAAACUCCAGUGAGGAAGAUCUCAAUGCUCCUGCUAAUGCUUACACCUCUAAAGCUAAGCUUGGAGACACACAGGAGCUGGAAGAGUUCAUUGCAGAUCUGGAUAAAGUGCUAGAGGAGAUGUAAGAUGUGGUUUUGGUGGAGAGUUUGGAGAGGAGGAUCCACAGCAGAUGAGCCUGGAGUGUCCUUGAUGUACCCUCUGUUUCUGUGCCCACUUCUUCCACUGCCUAUGCAGAGGACUGCACUUCCAUGCCAUGUGGUCUUAUUCUGUGCUGGGGAACAGCCUUCCUAGCACCAACCACCAUCUGGCAUGGCCCCAACCACAAAUGUGGACUGAUCUUGUCUGAGCUGGCCAACCUUCUGCAACCUGCUUUUACAGUUGCCUCCUUGACUGGCACCAAGCGAAGAAGGAUGCUGCAUCUGAGUGUUUGGGGUGUAAGUUCUGGAGUAUCUGUUUGUGCCAGUCUCUUAGCACUGAUGGACUUUGAUCUGUUCAGACUUUCUGACGAGCAGCCAGAGAAUGUCCAUCUUCAGGACAAUAGUGUGUGUAUGUGUACAUGGGGGGGGAGGUAGGGGAUGUAUUACUGAGCAUAAGCUGAACCACAAGUGAUAGGUGGUAAACUGACCGAGCUGGAUGGUCGCCAUUCUGUUUCACUGCUCCAGCUGAUUUCUAGGAGGACUCCCCUGCUUUGUAGGCACUCCCCUGCUGCAGGGUUCAUGUCUCCCAGACAGGAUGCCAGGGCCCAAAGGAGCAGGUGCAGAGCCCCCAGGCCCUGGUGUCUGUGCUGGGCAGGCUGCCAGCAGGAGCAAUGGGAGGCUGAGGGUGCUGUACUGCUCCUCUGUGGUGACACCAAUGCAGCCACAGAGCAGCCCUGUCCUCAGCACUGCCUUAGGAUUACCAGGAGAGCUGCCAGUGUUUGGUGGCUGGUGACUGCUGGAAAUGGCACAGGUGGCUCUGUUGAAGCUAAGCUAAGCCUUGGUCUGCUCCCAUGUGUAGAGAAGGACUUGGCCAGCCUCAAGAUCUGAAUAGCUCUUGGUGAGGAUGUGAAGCUUUGCCCUACAAGGGGGGCUGGCCAGCUGCUGUGACCCAGUGGCUUUGGGAGGUUUCUGCCUCUGAAGCCAGAGGGAGAAACUAUGGCUGAUUUUUGGGUAAGAUCAGCCUGCAGUACUUCACUGGCACCUUAGUGUCCCCUCCUGGUUCAGGAAAGCCUAUUCAUUAUGGUGAUAUUUGUCACAGACAGUGACAUCCACUGCUGGCCCAUUGCUCUGCCUGGAUAGCCUCAGAUAAGGCCCUUUGCCUGCAUGCCAAGUGCCUCUGCCCUGACUGCUGCUGUAAAUACUGUAAAAAUGGCAAUAUACAGUGCAUAGAUGGUAUAUAUUUUAUGACUAGAA